AUGGAACAACAACAACCACAACCGAACACCCUCCUCAACUCCCCACCAGAACUCACACCCACAGAACAAGAUGUUCUAGACGAAUAUGAGCGUUUGGCAGAGAACAUGAAAAAGCCCUCAGUCGCAAUCCUCGACGGACUAAGGGAGCUGGAGCGCAAGACCAGUUUGGUGUUUACCCUGCUGAAGGCGAGCGUUUACAGUAUUGUUUUGCAACAAGAGAUUGAUUGGGGUGGUCCUGCUGCUGGUGGGGGAAAUGGUGAGGGACCUGAAGGUGGAGGCGGAGGAGCUGGUGGGGGACAGUCGUGA